AUGUAUGAAGUUGUUGCCGAGUGUCUGUUUUGCUCCAAAUUAAUUACUGGUACUUCCAAUGACUCGAUCGAGUAUGGUACAUUUAUUGAACACAUUCGUUCUCAACACAAAAAUAUCAAGAUAUCCGACAGAGUUCCAACAAUGUUCAAAUCUAUUUGGAAUUAUAUAGACUCAGACGAAGGGACCAAUUGUCUGUGCAUAAAAUGUGGCUAUAAAGGUAGACCAAAAAUAAAGUCGAGUAGAAAUAUUUCAGCGAAAGAUUUGGGUGAGUUUGGCACAUGUUUUCCGUUAUGUUUCAUGGUAUAUGUGAAACACCUGAAACGUCAUCAUGUGAAGGUCAUGUGCGCAUGUUGUAAAACCGUCAUUAGAAAAAUUAACGAAAAAUAA